CACCGUACCGAUGGAAACAGCAACUGUGUCAGGAAGUACCGUAGUAGUUUCGUCAGCAGCGGUCACAGCGUCUACAUUAACCGCACAGGCAGCUGAAGUGACAACAGAAGCAGUGUCAUCAACAGCAUUUCCUGCAGCAACAACAGCAACGGCUAUAACACAAACUACUGUAGGGCAACACCAUCUGCAAUGACAACGACGAAAACAUCGACAGCAUAUGUGACAACAACAACAGCAUCUGCUGCAUUGAGUACUGCUGCAACAACAUCAGCCGAGACAACAGCUGGCACAAUGCUUGAAGAAUCUGUUAUCGGCGUGCGAGCAGAAACCUGCACUAGCUGGACAGCGUGGUUAGACCGAGACGACCCCGGGGGUACGGGCGACGUUGAAUCACUGACUGAUCUUCGAAGGAAGAAUUCCGGGCAGAUCUGUACCGAGCCUGUGGGUAUUCAGGCCAGAGUUCGCGGAUCCCGCAUGGGGGCGCUCUUGACUGGACAACAAUUCGAAUCCUUCAGCCCGACGAAAGGCUUUGUGUGUAGGAACGGCGAACAGAACCACGGGAGAUGUCAGGAUUAUGAAGUGCGGUUUUGUUGUGCUACCAACAACACUUGUCGCACGUUCUCCACUGACCCCUCUUGGACCUUCACUUGGAAUAACCCACCCGCAUCGUCCCCACUGACGUUUAAAGUACGGGCCAGGAGCGACGCCCAUAUCAUUCUGUCUAGUCGUAACUACUGGGUGGCAAAACGGUAUAAAAUCAUUAUCGAUGAGUUCGGAAACACGGGAUACUACAUACGGAAACGAGAAGGAAAAUUGAAAACUGCAGAAGUUACUGGUAACAGUGCGGGUAAGGAAACCUAA